AUGCAGUCCAUAUGGGAAGAUGCACGCACCGGGAAACUCACGGAAAAAAGACUGCUGGACCACAUGAUGGAAGACCCCGAGUCCCUCGACGGCCCAGAUACGACCGGUACUACUCCAUUGGGACACGCCCUCAAGGCAUCCAAGGCCUCGGUGGUGGAACUGCUCAUGAAGAACACUGCCGACCCAGAUACGUUAUCGGAAGGGUUGACGCCCACGUACCUCGCAGUGAUUGCGCCUGACAACAGCGAACGACUCCUUCAGCUACUUCUGGGCAGGAACCCCAAGACCCUCGAUGCUCCGGUCCCGUUAAAGAAGAAUGAAACCCCACUGAUGGCUGCUAUAGCUGUGGCGCGAAAUCCCAGAAUCGUCAAGCAGCUCGUUGAGGCGGGAGCCUCGCUGGAUAAGACAAACGGGGACGGCAAGUCCGCGCGGAGAUUGGUGGAUCUUCUACCGGAGGAGGAAAAGAAGGAGACGUUGGAUGCUGGUGUGUUCAUCCACUAUGUCUCCGCCAAUGAGCUGGCUGUACUCCGAGAGCCCGUCGCUGCAGGCGGCACCAUCGUCAUCCAAGCGCCAUUCAUGAUAGAUGAUGCUCCACGUAACAGGGCGGAAGCAGGGAUCGACUUGAUGUAUUUGGACAGCAGUACCGGCGACGCAAGCGAUGAAGAAUCCUUCGACAUGCCUUUGCAGAUGACAAUUGACCGCGUGGACCGAGCUAUAGAGUGCAAGAGCAAGCAGGCGUAUCGUGGCUAUCAAGGACGAACAACGCUCAAGCCGCAGCCAUGGCUUGGUCAACAGAAUCUGACGCUCAGCGUCGAGAUUGCGGAAGAUGAAUUCGUAGUGUACGCUAAUGGCAGAAAGACUGGGGGAGUGAGGAGAGCAAUCAAGGCGCCCAUCACGCACAUCAAUUACUGGACUCUGUUUGCUGGCAUGGCGCCGAUCAUGGGGGACCGACUGACGGUGACGACGUAUCGGGAUUCCAGUCUUGUUCCAUAA